AAAGUGUUUCUAGAAACAAGACGCCUGCGCCUUUUUAAUCAGUCUAAUCAGCCAUUUUAAUGAUCGCCUCAUAAAAUGAGCACUCCCCGCCUAGCUAGUUAGCUCGGAGCUAACGCUAAAAAGCAAGAGGACACAAAAGCGAGAGCGGAGCCAUAAUGGCUAACGGCUAGCGGGCGGUCAGAGGAGGCGGAGGCCUUCGCUAAUGUAUUCAUUUACGCGCUGUGAAGCCCAGCUCACAGGGAUCGCCGCCACCAGGAGAGGACUUCAAACAUAUUGCAGCUACCAGUUUUCACCUGGUUACAACUAUAACACUGUGGAUGCCCAAAGCUGCAUAAGUCAAGAUGGUGAAGGAUCCAAAAAAGCCCCGAGGCAAAAUGUCCUCAUACGCCUACUUUGUUCAAACGUGCAGAGAGGAGCAUAAAAAGAAGCAUCCCGAUGCAUCCGUCAACUUUUCAGAGUUCUCCAAGAAAUGCUCUGAGAGAUGGAAGACGAUGUCGCCAAAGGAGAAGGGGAAGUUUGAAGAUAUGGCUAAACAGGACAAGCUACGCUAUGAGAGGGAAAUGAAGAACUACGUGCCCCCUAAGGGCCAGAAGAAGAAGCGAUUCAAGGACCCAAAUGCCCCUAAGAGACCACCGUCUGCAUUCUUCCUGUUCUGUGCCGACUUUCGCCCCAAGGUAAAGGGGGAGACCCCUGGGCUUUCCAUCGGGGACACGGCUAAGAAGCUCGGAGAGAUGUGGAACGGCUCGUCUGCGGAAGAAAAGCAGCCGUACGAAAAGAAGGCUGCCAAGCUGAAGGAGAAAUAUGACAAGGAUAUUGUGGCGUACCGCACGAAGGGCAGAGUGGACUCAGUACCAGCUGCAGCAGCCAAUGACGACGAUGAGGAAGAAGAGGAGGGAGACGAGGAGGAGGAAGAGGAGGAAGAUGAGGAUGAUGAGUAAAUCUCAUAAGGAUGGGACCUGAAGAUUUUGUUUAUGCCAUGUAAUCCCAAUGUACUCAGUUCGCCAUCUUGAAUCACAAGUCAAAUUGAACAAGAUCAUGUGUAUAUUUAAUGUUUUUAUGAUGUACAGUGUUAAACUCCUUUUUUUGUAAAGUUAACACUACAUAUCCUAAGUUUGGGAAUUUUCUAGUGGUAGUUCUGUAUUCCUGCCAUAUUAUAUAACUAUUUAGAAAGACUACACAUCAGUAUGGAACUAAGUAGUCUUUAGGUGUUACAACUCAAAAAUGAGAUUGGUGAGUUGUUUGUGUACCUUUUUUUUUUUUUUGUUUGUUUUUUUGUUUUAUUUUGAAAAUUAUUUUUUUAUGUGCUGUCCCAGUGUCUUUUUAUUCUUUGAAUACCACUCUAAUAUCAAAUGCAGCUGUUGACAUUAAAGAAUGUCUUCAAUAAAUGUUUCUUUUUUAAGA